AUGGUUUAUACUAGAAAGCAGAGUUCAAUCGCAGGUCAUGGUCAUGCUGAAACAGUUUUAAGGCAAUUGGUAAAUGAUAUUUUGGGAUGUUAUCGAACUGUGGUAGCUGACAACUUCUUUAUAACUAUUUCUCUUGCACAAUAUUUAUUACGAAAUGAUACAUAUCUUAUUGGAAUAUUCAGAAGUAAUCGUGCUGGAUCAUUACAUGAAGUAGCUAAGAAAAAGCUCAAGCAUGGUGAAGUUUAUGGCCUUCAAAACAAAGAUGGUAUCAAAUUAAUCAAGUGGAAAGAUAAAAGAGAUGUCUUGAUGAUAUCUACAAAGCCAUCACAUUCAGCAACCGUGGUAGAUACGAAAAAAACAAAUAAGUUAAACGAAUGUAUUAUCAAACUAUAA